AUGCCCAAAGGACACCCGAAGGAGUACAUCCCAGCCGGCCCAGUCGGAGCACCGGCAGCGAUCGCUGAACCCCAGGCAUCGCCGUUCGUCUUCACCGGCUUCCAGCCCCUAUCGACCAUCAAUGGCAAGAACGUGGCCUCGGCAUUCGGCAAGUCCGAGCACCAGUCCUGGUGGACCCGGCGCGCCGACGACCACACCUGGGAGCAGCAGCGCUAUUGGAAGAAGGCCGUCAUGCUCGGCGGCGACUCGUCUGCCCUGCUCUCCUCGUCUACCCACGCCGCCAACCCCUCCUCGUCCUCUGUCGACGAGCGAACCACGAACGGCGACGCCAACAAGCCCAAGGGCUACUCCUACCACUACCAGGCCGACCCCGCCCAGCGCACCAUCGUCAUCCACCCGGGCUCCCGGACCGUCCAGAUCGGCCGCGCCUCCGACCCGCUGCCCAUCUCCAUCCCCAACGUCGUCGCCCGCAGACGCCGGCCGAGCCCCAUCGACACCAACAACAACCCAAAGCAACAGCAGCCGCUCAGCGGACUCUUCCGCAACUUCGAGCCCUCCUCCACCCCCGAGGCCAGGGAGACAUUCACCUCCAAGACGAAUGCCAUCCGCACCGAGCUUCGCAGCCGCAUGCGCGCCAUCAAGCUCCGCGGGAUCACCAACGGCAUGGGCAUCGCCGCCAACCACAACGCCGAUGCCGCUCCCCCUCUGACGCUCAGCGAGGACCAGGACCCUCUGGGGACCGUCUGGCCGGCCGUCGAGGGGCCCGAGUCGAAGGAGCUCUACAUCGGCCACGACGCCCUCCUCAUUCCCGAGCCCGACAAACAUAACUACGCCGUCCGCUGGCCCAUCCUCAGGGGCCAGCUCAACUCCGCCGACGACUCCGGAUACCUCACUAAGGCCGAAAUCCUGGCUGACGUCGAGGCCGUUUGGCUCUACGCUCUCUCCACCCAUCUCGGCAUCAAAGAGCAAGACCUAAAAGAAUAUUCUGCAAUUUUUAUCCUUCCUGAUAUCUAUGACCACGUCUAUCUGCGGGAAAUGGUCGACUUGCUCUUCCGGGCGCUAGGAUUCAAGCAGAUCUGUCUACAGCAGGAGUCGUUGUGUGCAUGUUUCGGGGCGGGGUUAGGGACGGCGUGUGUGGUGGACAUGGGGGCGUCGAAGACGUCGGUGUCGUGUGUCGAGGAGGGCUGGGUGCUCCCGGAGACCCGGAUCCAGCUGGCGAUCGGCGGCGACGACAUCACCACGGUGCUUGCGGGCAUGCUGCGCAAACAGAACUUCCCCUACAAAGACCUCAACCUCAACCGCACCUGGGAAUGGCUCAUGAUCGAGCAGCUCAAGGAGGACAUGCUCGUCCUCAGCGAGGCCGACGUCAGCCUCAGCUCUUUCUCCUUCUUCGUCCGCCACCCUUCAAAACCCACCGUCAAAUGGAGCGUCCGCGCCUACGAUGAAGUCAUCAUCCCAGCCAUGAUCCUGUUCUCGCCGUCGAUCAUCGAGUUCGACCGGAAGCUGAGCACGAGCAAGCGGCUGUAUGCGGACAAAGAGGACGUGGAUGAUGUGCUCGACCUGGGCGGAAACCCGAUCACGGAGGCGAUGCGCAACUCGACGAGCAUUGCGGUCUUCACGACCAAGAGCGCCUCGUCGCUUUCGGCGGGAGGGGCCAACGGGGCGGAUCCGGGCCGGCUGGCGGGCGCCGACGAGGCCGGCGGCUCGGGGCCGACGGCCGCUGAGGACGGCGCGUCGGCCUGUACCACCGGCACCCCCCAGCCCACCACGCUCGGCGUCGACUCCAACGCGCCCACGCCCAAACCCAGCCCCAGUCUCACGGCCCCCAAACCUUCCACUAACCCCCCCACGGCCACCACCGUCGCUGCACCUGCUGCUGCUGCUGCGGCGGCGGCGACGGCGGCGGAGACCAAUGUCACACCCUCGGCAGCCUUCGUCGCCGCCGUCUCGAAAAUCCCCCUCCAUGAGGCCGUCGUCCAGAGCAUCCUGGCCUCCGCUAGCGAAGAGAAAUCCAAGCGGUUCGCCAGCGCCAUCAUGAUUGUUGGCGGGGGCGCAUUGAUCCACAACGUGGGCUAUGCGCUCACGACGCGGAUCCAGCCGCUCCUCGCGACGAAGUACCCGACCCUCGAGGCCACCACCAUCCCCCCUCCCCGCGACCUCGAUCCUCGCAUCCUCGCUUGGAAAGGCGUCUCGCUCAUCUGCAGGAUCGAGUCCGCCUCCGAUCUGUGGAUCCGGUCCAGCGACUGGGAGGUCUUGGGCUCCAAGGCUAUCAAGGACCGGACGAUCUUCAUGUGCUAA